AUGAUGCUAACCGGGCCACUGGUUGCAAUCGCGUUCUUUACAUAUGGCUGGGCGGUCGAGGAAAAUGUGCACUGGAUUGUACCUAUCAUCAGCACCGCAGUGUUCUCCAUGGGUAUGAUGCCGGCGUUUCUCUCAAUCAAUAUGUAUCUCGUCGAAACCUUUGGGAAAUAUUCUGCCUCUGCUUUGGCAGCAAGCAAGGUCUUUCAGUCUGUCGUGGGUGCUGUCUUACCCCUCGCUGGCUUGCCACUUUAA